AUGUGCAUUUCCUCGAAAUCAGGGAAACUCAAGCAGCCCCCAGUAGUUUCGGCGAACACUGGUGGCAAUGUUACUCCACGCCGACUAUUCAUAUUCGACCGCUCAUCAGGCACGAGAUACCUCGUCGACACAGGCGCGGAUAUUUCUGUGACCCCACCCACACGUAAAACUAACUUAACGCCAACGCAACUUCUGCUUCAAGCCUCAAACGGUACCCGCAUCGAAACUUAUGGUGAGAAAGCAGUCGUCCUUAACGUCGGACUCCGUCAACCGAUUCGCCGGGUAUUCUGUGUGGCUAGCGUGCCAUAUCCAAUUAUCGGUGCAGACUUGAUCCACAAGUGGGAGCUAGUGGUCGACCUCAGACGGGGUUGCAUCAUUGACCCCAACACCGGUGCAUACAGCAAGGGCUUCUACGCAACGGCUCCGAUCACAUCCAUCACAGCCCUCACCGAAGCAGGUAAAUUUACAGAAGCCCUGAAGGAGUUUCCUGAACUGCUUGGUAACCCGUCAAAUCGCAAGGCUAUGAAGCACUCGGUUAAGCACAUCAUUCCCACCACUGGACCACCAUGUGUAAAACGCGUACGCCAGUUAUGUCCCGAACGUCUAAAGGUGACUAAAGAGGAAUUUAAACUAAUGGUCGAACUAG